UGGGUUGAAAUACUCUCUAGGUGUCGAUAAUAUAUUUACAAACUCCAUACAAAACAAUCCAGACAAAAAGGCGGUUUAGUUUGUCUGUUAUUGGAUAAGCCGUAGGCGGUUCGAACACCGCACUGUUAGUGAGUGUUACCAUCCUUCCGGAAGUGACGACAUAAACCCAACUGUCCCGAAAUCCACCUCGUUUCCGGCCUAGAUUACCAAGGCCCAUCCGCAUAAACACCGCUGCGUAGCGGGGGCUUGCACUGUACUUUGCAGUUACAUGUAUUUCCUUUCAUGGUUGUCACUCAAAUUUCAAGCUCGGGGCAUGUGCCACAAUUCGAUUUCCUCUCAGAUCCUCCCGAGUUCCUGAUGUUAUUAACCAGUGCUGAGUUUACCUAUACAUUAUAUGCGCAUGCGUGGUCAUGCGCGGUCAUCGUCAAGAGUUCCAAAAAUGGGUUGUGGGCUUAGAGACGCAUGCGUAUUCGUUUGAAUACAAUUGCAGCACAGAGAAGAACGUGCCAAGGACAAAAGGUUGUUUCCUCAUCGGGUCAUGAUAGAUGAAGCUUACUGACAAGCGACACUACAAGCGCUCUCCCGUGUGUAUUUAAUAUGUUUGCCUUAUGUUGUUUUCAUCAUAACUCUGUCAUUGAUACCGAAGUGGAAGAAAAAAACACGCACCAAUACAAACUAGUAAUUGGACAGAGAAGUGGCAUCACGGCGCUUAUUUCUACCAGUUGCUGCCUAAUUCUACCUCCACGAUUCAUCACACAAUGUGCCGUCUAAAACUCCCAGACCUCUGGGUUGUUUUGUCUUUGGUGGUAGUUAUUAUUGGACGUGAGACCAGUGCCUUUAAUUUGGAUACCAGAAGCCCUAUCAUACGGUACGGCACGGCGGAUAGCCUGUUCGGUUAUGCGGUGGCUCUGCAUCGAGAGGAUGACUCGAACGUGUUGUUAGUGGGAGCUCCUCGUGCACAGACCGCUCAGCCUGGCGUGGAUAGAGGGGGCGCUGUGUUUCGUUGUCCCGUCACUGCAGAGGACUGCCAACAAAUCGACUUUGAUUCAACCGGGCAACGAUACAAUGACGAUGGUGAUCAGAUCGGCAGUAAAUCCAACCAGUUCUUUGGUGCUACAUUGCAGAGCGCCGGACCAGAUGGCCCGAUCGUGGCAUGUGCGCCACGCAGAAUAUGGACAAUUGAGGAAUACAACGCCACUAACACCAAGCGCUAUGUCACAGGUACCUGCUACAUUGCUAGCGGUAACUACUCUGACAUCAAAGAGGUCGCCCCAUGCGAAAAACCAGGCGCAGAACCAGACCGGCUCGGCAUAAAAUUCGAAUCUUACUGCCAGGCUGGAUUCAGUGCAUCCGUUACACAGGAUGCAAGGUUGCUGCUAGGUGCACCAGGAAGUUUCUACUGGCAAGGUCAACUCUUCUCAGUUGACCUCAACAAUGCCUUGGCGUCCACGCACAGCGAAGAACGACAUCUCAGCUUUGAUAACUUCUACCGGGGCUUUAUGGUCAAAAGAGGGCGCUUCGGCAAUGGCGGCGUCUAUGCAGUCAGUGAACCUCACGCCAGCGCCUUUGUCGGAACGGUGUCUAUUUUGAAUGAAAGUUUUAACUCAGUAUAUAACAUUGAUGGAGAUCGAGAACAACCUGCAACGUUCUUUGGUUAUUCUUUGGCCAUUACAGAUGUGAAUGUUGACGGUCUUGACGACAUCAUUGUUGGGGCACCAAUGUAUGUCGAUCCAGACAGUUUGAUCGACAGGUGGGAAGUCGGUCGAGUGUACGUCUAUCUUCAGCUCUCUGAUGGAGGUUUCACGCAAAGUGACGUGCUGACGGGCACAUACCCGGGUGGACAGUUUGGCUUUGCUGUGGCUGCCAUUGGAGAUGUCAAUAAAGACGACUUUAAUGAUAUUGCUGUGGGCGCCCCAUUUGCCGGCGAGGAUGGUUCCGGUAUUGUGUACAUUUAUCUAGGGCGAAGGCGAGGCGUUAAACAGACUGCAUCUCAGGUGCUUCGACCAGCAGAUUUUGGUUUGAACAUCGUGUCAUUUGGAACCGCUCUAUCGGGUGGACUAGAUAUGGACGGAAACAAUUACAGCGAUAUGCUUGUUGGUGCGUACAUGUCGGCAACUUCUGUUCUUGUAAGGGCGAGACCUGUUGUUAAGAUACAGAAGUCCUUGACCUUUGAACCUGAGUUUGUCAACCUUGAUGUGAGGGACUACCAGCUACCAUCUGGGCAGGAAGUGUCUAGCUUCAACGUCACAACGUGUCUCACGGCAAAAGGCUCCGACAUCCCAACUACCAUCGAUGUGAAGUAUAGUGUGCAGUUGGAUGCAGCGUUAUCGUCCACGUCCCGUGCAGCAUUUGUGCUGGACUCGAGUCAGGAUCAGUCAGAGUUGACAAGAAGAAUCCAGCUGACUAAAGAUGAAGAGAUGUGUCAGAAAGACCUGGUCUAUGUGAAGCUCGUGAUUUUGGAGAAGAACCUUCCCAUCGCAGUCCAUCUUAGCUACGAGCUCGCCCCUAAAGAAACCACUACUGCCCAGGGACCAUCUUCGGCUUCCACACCUGUACCGCCCAUUCUGAACACGACCCCUGAACCUUUCCUGCGUCAAUCGCUUCUAAUCAGAAACACUUGCAAGAAUUAUCUGUGUACCCCAGACCUGAUGCUGACCGCUACGACAGAUACCCAGCGAGUUGCGUUAGGAGACGACUGGGAGCUUGGUCUGCUUGUGACAGUGACUAACAAUGGCGAGGAUGCAUACGAAGCGACAUUUGAGGCAUUCGUCCCGGAGGGAAUGACCUUCGUGCGGGUAGAAAGAACCUCGACGGAUUUGUCGGUGACGUGUAGCUCAGACGAAGACACUGAUAUCUUGACUUGCGACAUUGGAAAUCCUCUACCAGAAGAACACACGGUGAGUUUUGGUAUUACCUUCGCAAACGACCGUCUGACCGAUGAUAAAGAUGAACUGACUAUAAGCAUGAAGGUUGACAGUUUAAACUUCGAAGCAAUGAAUAUAACGGGUGACAACUAUGCCAAUGUGACGGUGGAUGUGUAUGCUACAGCACUGAUUGGUCUAUACGGGGUUUCCACACCAGAGCAGGUUAUUUAUGUGCGCUCCAACCGCAGCUUCACGCCACCAGACCCCAAAACAGAGGAGGAAGCAGGGGCAGAGGUCACGCAUUUAUAUAUGCUCCGCAAUCAGGGUCCGAGUGAGGUUGGCCUGACGAGGAUUGAAAUCGCCUGGCCAUUGGUUGAUUCUGAUGGACACUAUUUGCUGUAUCCAAUCAGCGCCAAGCUUGGAACGGGGGAGGAUUGUCACGUGCAAGGCGGGGUUAACCCGGAUAAUCUAGAGCUUGCGGGCGAGGAUGUUAAUGAGGAAAGUUCCAACUCUUCUAGUCUGUUGAUCUCAGAGAAGAAGUUCCGCAAACGGCGUCAAGCUGACGACAGCUCCAUGUCAGCCAUUCCUCAAGUUGGAACGGGAGUUACUAUAGAAUGCAGCAGCCAAUCACCUCACUGCGUGCUCAUCACGUGUAACAUGAGUGCCCCCAGGGUUCGUGGUGAGGAUAUAGACAGCGCCCUCGUACGAAUCAAAUCCAGGCUGUACGACAAAACAUUGAAAGAGGAAGAUUACGCUGCAGUCUUCAUAUCCUCCACCGCUAACGCGACCGUGUUGACAAUGCCAUACAGAGAGUCGCUCCUACCAGAUACCUUCCCAAUAGCUACUGCACAGGCAACGACUCAAGUGAUUGGCCAGACCCCAGAGACGCCUGGUCCUCCGCCCACCCAAGUCACUAUCAUCCCUCUGUGGGUUUACAUCGUAGCGGCGAUAGGUGGCGCUCUCAUAUUACUCCUGCUCAUACUGGGAUUGUGGAAGUGCGGGUUUUUCCAGAGAAAGAAGAUCGCACCAAACGAGCAGGCUGCACUGGCUGCACAGGAAAACUGGGAGGAAGAUGUACUGCAUAAAGAUCUGAAAUAAACCACUGGUAUCUCACAAGUGACGCCUAGGUGCCCUACACCACAUUUCUUUAUCCUUGAUUGCAAUAGUAUAAACACUGAAUUUCUGUGAAACACAUUUGGCGUCGUUUUUACAAUCAAUAUGCUUUUGUACCUAAAUGGCUUGCAUACCAACCUUUCUCAGCAUUCGCUUCAAUGAACAUGAAAGCUGUAUUAUCCCUGCCCCGAGAUAUAAUUACAAGUAAUCGAAAAUUUACAAAAAAAAUGCACUGAGACAUGAUACAAACAUUCGUUUAAAAAAAAAAAAAAAAUAAUAGACAGCUUUGAGUGCAGAUGCUUUUGAAUGGUUCUCCGCUUGUACUUUGAACUGCAUAAUUAUAAGGGGCUAUGCAAUGUUAAUAAAGUGUUCUUAUUAAUAUCAACUUAGCAGUUCCAAUUCUACAUGAUGUAUAUUUUUGUAUUUUAGCUCGCAGUUUGAAAAAGACUUUUACAUUCUUCAAAUAAGGUUGAUAAUGCUUUUAGUGUGUGUUUGAUUUAAACACGCGAAAUACCGAUGUAAAUGGGCGCUGUUAAGUGUAGGCAUAAUGGUUAUAUCAAAGACUUUUAUUAAUUUAACAACUUUGCAGUUCCAACUUUUAUUUCGCAAUUGUAUAGCGAAACAAUUUGUUUAAUAAGAGGUUACUGUAUGUGUUGUAUAUUUUAGUAUUUUAGCUUGCAGUUUGAAAAAGACUUUUAAAUUCUUCAAAAAGCUUUUAAAGUGUAUUUGCGCAGUAAAAUAAAUAUAUAAUUAUUAUUAAUGACUUUAAUUAAUUUACAACUGCAUACAGAUUAAAACGUCAAUUUUGUUAUAAGUAUUUAAAUAUCCAUAGUAUGCAUUGUUAAUUUUAACAAUUUAGUAAAAGUAAUUGAUUUUAAGUCGCAACUAAACCCUGUUCUGCUGUCUGUUUUAACUAAUUAUCCAGACUAAAAACAUCAGCUGGAGGCACCGCUUAUGUCUCCUGUGGCUAAGUUUCCAAGACUUGUUACGUAAACAAACUUCUAUACCAAAGGAGGAAACAGAAUGUCUAAAUUAGUAAAAGAUAACCAAAGUCAUAUUAAAUAUUAAUUUCAAACAAUUGUUUUAAGAUAAAAUACUUUAAGAAUAAAGGCAGUGCAUUCUAAA